AUGAGCAAGAAGUUCAAAUCUCAGGCCUCGAGCAGCCGAGCUGCUGCCGGCACGUUCGGCGGUUUUGGUGGAUUCUCGGGCGCAUUUUCUAGCCAAGGAAAGGAACCAUCUUCUCUUACAUAUGUGGCCGAACCGCCGGAUCUUUCCCGCAUAUCGGAAGCACAAUUGGCGAUUGCGUUCAAGAACUUCCUAAAAAAGGAUGAAGUUACCAGAACGAGAGCACUGGAUGAUCUGCGAGAUCAUGUUUUAAGUGUUGAGAGUCGCAGCGGAACGCUUGAUGACGGGUUCCUGGAAGCCUGGCAAGUUGAUCGUGGUUCGGAAUGUCGGCAGAUCAAAAUUUAUCCCCGCGCUUCCAUAGAUCUGUCCCGCAGGGUGAGACAGACUGCUCAUUCCACUCAAGGGUCAAUCGCCAGUCUGGUGGGAAAGCGAAUUGCUCGCUUCCUACCCAAGGUGAUUGGCGCGUGGCUGGCGGGGAUCUACGAUAAUGAUAGACCUGUCCACCAGUCUGCUCUGGAAUCUUUCACCCGCGUCUUCUCGACUGACGAGAAGAGAAGCGGCGUGUGGAAGGUCUACCAGAGCGCUAUCCUAGAAUUUGUGGAUGAUGUCAUCCUGCAGCAGACUGCUCUGACAUUGAGCGAUGAGCGAACGGUCAAGCCUGACGAUGCAGAAGCAAAGUAUGCGCGUGUAGCUGGUACUGCGCUCUUGUUAUUCAACCGGGUUCUAGGACACUCAACCCAUGAAGAUCUGCAGAAGGAUCUGCCAACCAUCGAGAAUCUCCUAUGCAGCAAAUCUCUAUGGGCACUUUCUUAUCACGAUGACCCUUUUGUGCGCAAAUCGCUCUACAUCCUCACUCGAUCAGCUGUGUCAAAAGAGCCUGAGGAGCUUGAUUGGAAGCUCAUCAGUGCCGCCUUGAUUGGCAAGGCUCUGCACAGUACCCAACUUGGCUCCGCAUCGGAGCUUUCAGAAACUAUUUUGCAGGUAACAUCUGCAAGACCGCAAUUAUGGACAGAGGACUAUUCUGGGAAAUCAUCUCCUUCAAAGAGACUUCUUCAAUACAUACAGAAAGGCUCACAAAGCGGUCUAAGCUCCUUCUGGCCGAAUCUUUGCCAACUACUUCAGACGAUCCCUUUCGAAACACUGGCCAAGAUUGACCCGCAAUCUACACCCGAUACUACUCUUGGACUGUCUAGUGCGAUUGCAUUAACAGAGUCGUUCCAGGAAGGACUCACUUCUAGGGACGAACCUCGGCAAAAUCGUGCGAUUGGAUGGAAGGCUUACAUUGAUACCUCGAUGUGGCUUGCUCAUCGACUUGCUGAGGAUGACAGAGUGAAAUUUUUGCAGGACAGGCUUGCCCCAUUGGUUAUGCAAUAUGUCAAGCCUGAACAAGAUCAUCUCCAAUGGACACUUCCCCCUUCGUCGGCGGAAUCUAUCUGCACGGAUUGUCUCGUCGCAGUGACCGCGAAAGGCUACAAAGCGGUGGUCGAGCAGCUGUGGAUGAAGUUGGCUGAUGACCUACUGGAAGCGGUAAAGCUGUCAUCACCAGAGCAGUCCAAGGAUUUUAAGUCCUCACAGAACGCAGUAUGUGUGCAGGCCGAGCGUUUGUUGGCCUUGGAAGCCUUGUUGCUUUCACGUCUGCAUGGUACUGCCCAUGAGACAAGCAUUUUGGAAGUAUUCAAGAAUACAGGCCUCACAUUGCUCGAUAACUGCUUGGAGGUUUUGCGGUCUAGAAACGGUAAGCCUUACGGAGCGGCUGCGGUUGUGGAAGAAAUAGUACGCAAAGUCCCUCAAAUCGCCCAAGGCUCGCAGUCGCUGUUGAACUUUGUUCAAGAAGAUGCUCCUGAGCUCCUGGCAUCGCCAUCCGCUGAUAGAUUGGUAUCCAUUAUCAUGUCUUGCCGAUCAUGGGAAGGAUUUGGACCUAGCUUCGAGAAGGUAGUCGAGCGUGUGGCACAAUCGGAUCCAGAGUCCUCAAAUGUACAUGCUGUUCAGAAGCUUCUUUCAACUCUUGAUUUCCAGGAGCUAGGCGACAAGAGUGGACUGGUUUCUCUGGUUAUGCGAGCCCUAGAUCAAGCCUGUAAGGGCAGCGACCUUCACUGGUCUAUUGUUAUUGCAGUGCUACAGAACCAUACCUCUCACGGGCAAUUGACGGACUCAAUUUUCCUGUCUAUUGUUGAUGCCCUCUCUGAAGAGAGCAAGAUAUUCGACACGCUGCAUGGGCUUUCUCGCAUCUCCAGUUCGGUCCCAAGUGCUGUCCGAAACUUCCAGAGCGGAGCCCACGGCUCAAAGCUCUCUGGUAAGCUGCUGUUCCUCGCUGAGUCGUCGGACGAAGAAGUAGCCAGUCUCGCGGAGUCGCUAUCCAAGACCGUGAAAGAGUCCGUCGUCAGUGAGACAAGCGCCAAAUCGAGUUUUGAGAUUCUGCAGCACCAGUUCGACAAUGUCAAUGAACUGUCACUUUCCAUCGAGUCCAUGUUGGGCAUCGCGGAAGAGUUGCUACAGAAUGUCGAUUCUGCGGACAUUGGAAGAGUAGCUAAGGACAUUCUGCCGUCUCGUCAAUCCUGGGAGAAUUCUCUUGGACCCUUCCUCGAGCUGCCUCCACGGCUAUCGGCUGCCGUUACCAGUCCGCUCGGUGGUACUGUGCAUCUCGUUGAUCGCAGUGUGUCAGACGCAUUCCGGGAACGCUACGCACGUAUUCCGCGCGAUUCCAAUAAUUGCUCGUCGGCGUUUCGGCUGGCAUUUUACACCAUCAAGAUUCUGUCUUCAUUUGAUAUCAUCGAACAUCUGGACACUGAGGAGCUUGAGACACUGUUCUACCAUGUUCCCCUAACGGUGCAGCUUAUUGACGACGAUCUGAGCGUUCAAAAUUGCAAUGGAAUAACCGGCAUCACACACCCCGAGCAACGCGAGGAGUACAUGGAAGUAGUCAGCGAUGGCCGAAAAGCCGUGAAUAGCUGGGCCCAGUCGCAGAAACAGAACGCCGGAAAAGGACAGUCAGUCGGUUCCUUGCUUUCCACUUUCUGGGCAAGCCAGAUCGAGAAGCUGGACUCCCUUUCUCCGUUAAACUACCAAAUUGGGCUGGCGUUCGUAAAGAUCAUGGAUGCCGUGGAUUCGUCAAACAAGAGUCGGUCAUCAGAAGAGAUCACACAACUUUGCAGGGAGAUGCGAAAGGCGAACGCCAUUCGGUCGGCCUCCUGGGUGGGCGUGCUGCGAAAUGCCAUACUCUCCAACCCUGCCGGCACACGACUGUGUAACGAGUUUGUGGCGGACUCUACGGGGCUGAAGCCCAAUGAGGAGAGCAGAGAUGGUCUUCGCAAGCUUGUUCUUUUGAACCUACUGUUAUCUGGAGAGGAAGAGGUAGCGGCUUCCAUUCCCACACAGCGUUUGGUGUUCUUGAUCAAACACCUCAUACAAUGUCUUCAGUCCGAAGGCGCUUCUUUGAGCAUCAAGGCUGAGAUAUUCCAAGUCCUGGCAGUGAUGCUUCCUAACCUACAGGAGAUCUACGGCUCUCACUGGGAAGAUUGUAUGGAUAUUCUUAGCACCACGUGGCAAGAGACCGGUGGUAGCGAUGAAGCCAUUCCUGCCCUGUUGUCUUCAUUCAGACUCUUCUCUCGUCUUCGGUCAAUCGCAGGCGACGAGGAGAGCAACGAUGAUGUGAAGGAUGCGUGGUCUGAUCGGAAAAACACGCUCUUUAACAGCUUGAUAUCGACGCUCCAGAAAUUCGAUUCUUCCACCACCUUCCACCAACCCCGAGAUGUAGCUGUUGAUCUGUUGUGUCGCUUCCUCAAUGUCAUCCCGGUUGAUCACCUGGAAGACGCGAGCAAGUUCUUCCCGCUUAUCACAGCGCAGAGCCCUGCGGUGCAACGCGCCGCCUACACCGUCCUCCAUCGGUACAUUCCUAGUGUACAAGAGCAAGUGUCAUUUGAUGUGGCACUGUCGAAGACGACUGUCGGUCUGCCCGAUGAGCUGAUGUCUCUGCUGCUCGAAGCGCCAACUAUGGAAGGGGUCAAUGCCGCAUAUGGCGACGACAGGAUGUGGGCCGAACUACGGUCGUACUUGCUAAGCUGGAAGGUGGUUUUCGACCACUUUGUUAAUGCGUCUCUUACUGUCCAAGAAAACUACGUGACUAGUAUUAAGGACAACGAAAGUCUCAGCCCACUCUUGGAGUUCAUGUUCGACUUCCUCCAGCGAUCAGGCGGGAAGAUGGUGGAUGCAUCUAAAUUUGACAUCCGCUCCUUUGAACUCGAUCAAUCUGAGAGCGCCGAGAAGGAGAUCCAAUGGCUUCUCGUGCACUUGUAUUUCUUGUGCUUGAGGCACCUGGCCAACAUGACCAAGAGCUGGUGGCUCGAUACGAAGAAGCGCAUCAAGGGACCAGUGGAAUCCUGGACCGAGAAAUUCAUCUCACCUUUGGUUAUUGAGGACUCGCUUCGGGGAGUCGCUGAAUGGACAUCCACCCAGGAUCCGAAUGAAGAGCGGGCGCUGAACGUGAAGAUUUCGCCCAAGACAGCGGAAAUCAUUGCCAGCAUCCCGGUGGAUGAAGAGUCGCCACCAGUGGCAUUGUCUCUUUCACUCCCUCCGGCUUAUCCACUGCAGCCAGCGUUGGUUGUGAGUCGAAGUCGUGUGCUUGUGGACGAGAAGAAGUGGCGCAGCUGGUUGCUGACCAUCCAAGGCGUGAUUAUGUUUGCCAACGGCAACCUGGUGGACGGACUGCUGGCGUUCCGGAAGAACGUGCAGGGAGCGCUCAAGGGACAGAGCGAGUGCGCGAUUUGCUACUCGGUUAUCUCGACGGACAUGCAGACACCGAACAAGCGGUGCGCGACAUGCAAGAACACCUUCCACUCGGUGUGUCUGUUCCGGUGGUUCAAGAGCAGUAACCAGAGCACGUGCCCGCUGUGCCGGAACAAUUUUGUUUAUGUAUAG